GGAGAGAAGGUAGGAGCCCCGGCCUCCCUCACUGGCCUCCCUCCCAACACCACACCGCCCAGCCCCAUGGUCCCCGCCGCCGGCGCGCUGCUCUGGGCCCUGCUGCUGAGUCUGGGGCUCCAGGCGGCGGGGGCCCAAGGCCUGACUCCGACGGGGAUGCAGCGGGUCAGUUUCCGCUUUGGGGGCCCUAUGACCCGCAGCUACCGGACCACCGCCCGGACUGGUGUUCCCCGGAGGAUGAGGGUAACAAUAGAGGAUGAGGAUGACCUUGCGGCCGAGGCCGACCGCCUGGCCGGCCCGGCCGCUGCCGAGCUCUUGGCCUCCACAGUGUUCACAGGCGUCAGCCGGUCGCGUUUGUUGCAGGAGGAGGAUGGGUCUUUGGAAGAGGGGGUUGUGAUUAAUGCCGGAAAGAGUAACACCAGGUCGGAGACUCCCAAUAUGGAUUCCAGUACAGCGAGGGGGCCCAGCUCGAGGUUUACAGCGAAUAGCCACGAGCCGGAAAUCAGGCUGACUUCGAGCCCGCCGCCCUCCACCUGGAGGUCUAGUGGGGACCUGCCACACUCCGAGAGUACCCUGAACCAGUGGUCAACAGCAGGGUCCACGCCGAACCCGUGGCCACCACCCUCGCCCACAGCCAUGCCACCUUCCGAGGAUCUGCGGCUGGUGCUGAUGCCCUGGGGCCCGUGGCACUGCCACUGCAAGUCAGGCACCAUGAGCCGGACCCGGGCCGGGAAGCUGCAUGGCCUUUCAGGACGCCUUCGAGUUGGGGCGCUGAGCCAGCUCCGCACUGAGCACCGGCCUUGUACCUACCAGCAAUGUCCCUGCAACCGGCUUCGGGAGGAGUGCCCCCUUGACUCAGGUCUCUGUCCUGACACCAGCUGCACCACUCAGACCACUACCACCACCACCACCACUAGCUCCAUGCCCCCACUCAGCACCAGACUCAGACCCACCCCCUUCCCCCUCUCCAGCCCCAGCCCCAGCCCAGCCCUUGCUUUUUGGAAACGGGUCAGGAUUGGGCUGGAGGAUAUUUGGAACAGCCUCUCUUCAGUGUUCACAGAGAUGCAACCAAUAGAAAGAAACCAGAGGUAAUGGCCACUUCAUCUGCAAGAAGAGGUGUUGGCAUCUCAACCUCUCCUUCCAUUUCAAUCCCAGCACCCACUGGAUAUUUUUAGUACAGAAAAACAAAACUAGAAAAAACAGUUGUUUGGUCUUGUUUUUUUUGCAGAGGUAUCUGAGGGAGGAGAGACCAUAAAUCUCUUGAACCUUAAAACUGAACUGUGUAGCUAACAGCAUCUGGCUUGGUCCCUUCCCCUGUUCCCCAAGAUAAAAUGUUGAUGUUGCUCAUCUUCCUCAUUUCCAAAGUUGUUUUUAAAUGAGUACUUCUUUAAAGACUUGAAAAAUCUCAGAUGAAUGACAAGAAAAGGGAACAGGAAGAACAAAGAGUUGAGCCCUUGGAAGAUGAUGGUGGUCUUCUCUUUGCCUUCACAACACUUAGCCUUCUCUCCUCGGAAAGGGCAAUGUUGGUACAAAAUUCCAUGUCAGCCACUUUCUAGGAGUACCUUCUUCAACUAUAUCUAUCCUUUAGCCCAACACACACCUAUAGUGAUUACUCUGCGACUAUUUUGCUUAAAUUUUUUAUUUGAAAAAUGUAUUUAAAAGUCCAACAAAAUUUUAAUAUAAAUUAUGACUCUCAAACCCAUCCCCACCACUCUAAAUAUCGUAAAAGUGAUGGUAGCAUACACGUUAGAGAAGUAGCUAACAGCAAGAGAGCACCAAAGAAAAGAAGAUUGUGUCCAAAGAAUAGGCAUUAGAAUAAGGCUGAAGAUCAGGGUGACCAGAGAUUCCAGGAGUCCCCCAUCUUUCCACCCUAUCCUGUUGAACCUUCAAAUCUAGUAUAACCCUCAGGCUACUGAGCUACUUUAGGGCAAAAAGAUGCACUACUUUCAGAGCAACUAGCUGGACUGGAACUGAGAGCAGAUUGGGAAUGUCUCUGUAUGACCAAUCUUAGACCCUGAAACACUGCGGGAAACA